AUGACAGGGGUUGGCAUGGUGAUGAGGAAACUGGGAAGCACAGCCAAGCCAGUGCAGGACAUCAAAGUGGAGAAUGGGAAAUGGACCAUCAUCACUACCACCACCUUCAAGACAACCAAUAUUGAGUUCAGGCUUGGUGAGGAGUUUGAAGAGACUACUGCUGAUGGACGAAAGGUCAUGACCAAAAUGACAUUGGAGAAGAACAAGCUUACCCAGGAUCAAAAGGGAGUUAAUGGUGGAAAGGAUUCAGUGCUUGUACGGGAAGUCAAUGGAGACACUUUGACUAUGACGCUGACAGCAGACAAUGUCGUGUGCAAGCGCACAUACAAGCUUGUCAAUUUAGCAGCAGGCUAA